AUGGCAGAGACCAAGCUGAGGAAGUUCUUCAGGCUCUUACGCUUGGAAAUUCUCCGUAAUGCCCGGCGUCCAUCUGGGAUUAUGUUCUUUGUGGGCGCCAUCGGCCUGGUCACGCUGAGGGCCGUGAGGCAGCUCCUGCCGGUCACGGCUGGUGCUCAGGCGCAACAUAUCAAUGCAGGUGUGCCAAAGGCUGGGAUGACCUACUUCUUCUCCGUUGGUGAUUUUGGUGUUGCGGCCUGCGAACGUGCCUUUAAGGCCAACCAGCUGGAAAGUGCCGGCGGUGAUGGCCACCACUCGUGCUCGGCGGGUCAUCAGAAGCUUGUGGCAGCGGCCAUGGAACACCUGGCCGGGGGCUUGCAGCCGGAGUUUAUCCUUUCCCUUGGGGACAACUUCUACAUCCGGGGAGUGAAGGACUCGGAAGAUCCCCAAUUCCAGGAGUCCUUCGAAGACAUCUACAGCUAUGGCAAUCUGUCUGAGAUCCCCUGGCAGAUCACACUGGGAGAUCAUGAUCAUCGGGGCAACAUCUCGGCGCUUCUGCAGCGGCCACAGCGCAAUCCGCGGUGGCGUCUGCCUUCCCCGUACUACGUUUUCCAACUACCGACGGGAAAGAGACAGGUCAGAUUCCUCGUGCUGGACUCUGUGGGACUGGAGGGUGGCAUGCUCGAGCACACCCCGAAGGGGAGACGUUUCGAGAAGGACCUCUCAGAGGAAUUUGCAGGCAGCAAGGCUGGAGGGGCGCAGUGGGAUUGGCUUUCUCGAAGCCUGGCCAACGAGGAUGAGGCCGCCUCACUGCAGGUCGUCGUCGGACACCGGCCCAUCCGAAGCCUGGCUGACCGUGGAAAAUAUGGCUCCGCGCCGCCUGAGGCGGCGGCAGCCGAGGCGCUAAAGGCGGCGCUGCUGACAGCGUCCACGCCCGUGGUUUAUUUGCACGGCCAUGAUCAUGUGAUGCAGCACUUCCGCGAAAGCGAGCAGGAGGUUCAUCACAUCGGAAACGGAGUGGGAGGGAUGGGCUUGCAUCCGCUCAAGAACUGCUCGGAUUGCAGCGAAUUCCAGUGGGGGACUUCAGCGCAUGGCUUUGCAGUACACGAGCUUGCAAAAGAUUUCCUGGCCACCCACUUUGUGGAUGCCACCACACGACAAGUCCUACAUACCGUAGUCAUUCCUUUCUGA